AUGACAAUACCAGCAAAGAAUGAAGAAGAAAAUGUAGAGAGGCUGAAGCAAGUGUUGAAAAGAGCAGAAGAAUAUGGCUUAGAAAUCAACAAAAAGAAAUGCAGACUGCUGGAACGACGUAUCGAAUUCCUAGGACAUGUCAUUGAAGAUGGAAAACUGUAUCCGUCACCGGAGAAGACAAAAACUGUCUUGAAGUUCCCGGAGCCGAAGACCACGAAGGAGAUCGAGGCAUUUAAAAAAUUGAAACAAUGUUUAACUGAAGAGCUAGUUCUAAGGGGCGAUAUACCGCUGCACACCAAUCAUUUAGAUCACUUAGGACCGCUAGAGACAAUUCAUAAAAACUACAAGCACAUUUUGGCGGUUAUAGAUGCUUUUAUAAAGUUCGUAUGGUUAUAUCUUAAAACAGUAACAUCUAAGGAAGCUAUUGAGAAGCUGGAGCUACAGAAGAGCGUUUUCGGUAACCCAACUCGAAUUUUGUCUGACAGAGACACUGCCUUCACUUCUGUUGAAUUUGAGGACUACUGCUACCAGGAAGACAUUGAACACAUCAAAGUUACGGUGGACUUACUCAGAUCCAACGGACAAAUUGAACGAAUUAAUAAGACGAUCAUCUCAGUACUUGCAAAGAUGUCACUAGAUGAACCCACUAAAUGA